UGAGCUCUGAGACCAGUCUCUCUGUCCACUCAUAGCCCUGACUGCCGCAGCCAUGCAGGUUCUCCUGCUGAAGGACCCCAAGGAAGAUGAGUGUGGUCAGGACCCCUACGUCAGGGAGCUGGACUCAUGUGGAGUCAGUGCCACCCUAAUCCCCGUUCUGUCCUUUGAGUUCCUGUCUCUUGCCAGCCUCUCAGAAAAGCUGUCUCAACCUGAGAACUACGGGGGCCUCAUCUUCACCAGCCCCAGAGCGGUGGAAGCAACAAAGCUGUGUCUGGAGAAAGACAGUAAAGUUGCAGUGUGGACAGAAACCCUGAGGGAGCAGUGGAAGGCCAAGCCAGUGUAUGUAGUCGGGAAUGCCACCGCCUCCCUAGUGCACAGGCUGGGCUUGGACACAGCCGGAGAAGCCUGCGGGAAUGCUGAGAGACUGGCAGAAUUCAUUUGCGCCCGGAAGCUCCCCACGCUGCCACUGCUGUUCCCCUGUGGCAACCUCAAGAGAGAGGUUCUGCCCAAAGCACUCCGGAACCAAGGGGUUCCCUUGGAGAGCCUGACUGUGUACCGCACUGUCCCACACCCUGCAAUCCGGAGCAGCUUGCAUAACUACUAUGCCCAGCAGGGGGUCCCUGCCAGCAUUACGUUUUUCAGCCCAUCGGGCCUGAGCUACAGCCUCGAGUACAUCCGGGAAUUGUCGGGUGAGCACAUUGAGCAGAUCCAGUUCGUGGCAAUCGGCCCCACCACAGCCCAGGCCUUAGCCGCAGAGGGCCUUCCCGUGAGCUGCACAGCCGAGAGUCCCACGCCACAGUCCCUGGCUACAGGCAUCUGCUCAGCACUCCAGGCUCAUGGUGCCCGCUGACCAGGUGUAGGUGGGUCAAGAGCUGGGCUCACCCCAAAGACUGCCGCUCAGGGCCAUGUGGGCCUAAUAUUUGCCUCAGACAGACCACAGGGGACAUCAGGCCCCAGGAGAGCCCAAAAUCAUGGACCCACCCAGCCCUGAGCAGUGCCCAGGGGCUCACUGACCUCCUCACUGCCCGUUCUGGGCAUUUCUCAUUGCCGAGCCAAGUCUGGAAGAAAAUAGUCAUGCCUACGCUGAGAAUAAAAUGUGUGUGUGUGUGUGA